UUUCAAUUAAAUUUUUAAAAUUGGGUUUAAAUAACUAAUAAGAUGGAGUUUUCCGGAUCUUCUUCGUCUCACGAGUCUCCACUCCCUCCCCCGCGCAAUCGGUAUCCAUAUCCUUCCAUCUCUUUCUCUUGCUCGUCGCUCGCCGCCGUCAAUCAUCAAAAGAAGGGAACAGUUUUACUCUCUCUUGUGCGAGGCCUGUUUCAAGUUCGAACCAAAUAAUAGAAAACUUCAUACAAUAACUUUCCAGCAUUCAAGCCUUUUGAAGUCUAUAUCCGAAAAUUCAAUCCGUGAGGCGUAGGUGUAGGUUUUUUCUGAGACCAGAAAGAAGCGUAGCUCGAGGGAUAGAGCAGUUUUGUUAAUUUAGACUCUGAAGUUAUGGAGGAGCAGUUUGUAUUGAGGGUUCCACCGUCUGUUGCUGAACGAAUUGAACGUCUACUAAAUGAAAAUGCUUCUUCAUCUGAUGAUGCUUCGUUGGAUUUGUCUUUCUCUGAUGACGGGAGAAGUGGAACUUUUGCCAUUGGUGAUGAUCAUUUUCCAGCAUCUCUUCUGGAUCUCCCUUGUGUCGUGGAAUCCUACAAAACAUAUGAUGAUACUGUGCUAAUCAAAGCUGCAGACAUUGGUCAGAUGAUUAUGGUUAGAGAACCGAGUGAUCCUGCUCCAGAUUCUACCGAGUAUAGGCAUGGUCUGACCCCUCCUAUGAGGGAUGCACGAAAGCGUAGAUUUCGAAGAGAGCCAGAUUUAAAUCCUGAGCUUGUACGGCGUGUGGAGAAAGAUUUAUUAAAUAUCAUGGCAGGAGGAACUACUGAAAAUGCCGAUGUUGGAGUGGCUGAGCAACAGGAUGAUAGAGAUGAGAAUCCUGAUCAUACAAAUGCAAAGCCUGCUUCCGCACCUGCACCUAAGCCUGAUGUAAUGGAAACUGAAACAAAUGUUGGUGAGCCUGAAAGGAGCGAUUCUGAUGACUCUGAUCGUUCAAUUGAUUGAAUAUUAUCAUCAUCUACUUCUAAAUGUUUGUCUCCCUAAUGAUGGAGGUUGUAUCAGCCUGUUUGUAUAUGAAAGGAAAUGGUAACUGUUGUCUGUAUCAUCCCUUCUCUUGCAUCUAGAAACAAAACACAGGAUGAUUUCUUUGGUGUAUUUUAACAUCUUUCAUUUCUAUAACAAGAUAUCUUCUUGAA